AUGGCCACCCCAGCUGUGUGUCUGGGCCCCCCUUCUGAGACUAGCGAUCCCAUCUGUCGAGUGGAGGUGGUCUUUGGGAGGAAGCUUCCCGCCUUCGCCACAAUCCCCCUCCACCAGCUGCAGCAUGAGAAGAAGUACGACAUCUACUUCGCAGAUGGAAAAGUGUUUGCGCUGUACAGGCAGCUGCUACAGCACGAGUGCCCACGGUGCCCUGAGCUGCCACCCUUUGGCCUCUUCGGGGACCUGGAGCAGCACAUGCGGAAGCAGCAUGAGCUCUUCUGCUGCAAGCUAUGCCUCAAACACCUCAAGAUCUUCACGUAUGAGCGCAAAUGGUACUCGCGUAAGGACCUGGCUCAGCAUCGCAUGCAGGGGGACCUGGAUGACACAUCACACCGCGGGCACCCACUCUGCAAGUUCUGCGACGAGCGCUACCUGGACAACGACGAGCUGCUCAAGCACCUGCGCCGUGACCACUACUUCUGCCACUUCUGUGACUCGGAUGGGGCCCAGGACUACUACAGUGACUACGCAUACCUGCGCGAGCACUUCCGGGAGAGGCACUUCCUGUGCGAGGAGGGCCGCUGUAGCACGGAGCAGUUCACACAUGCCUUCCGCACCGAGAUUGACCUCAAGGCCCACAGGACGGCCUGCCACAGCCGGAGCCGUGCCGAGGCCCGCCAGAACCGCCAGAUUGACCUGCAGUUCAGCUACACCCCACGCCACUCGCGCCGGAGCGAAGGGGUCAUUGGUGGCGAGGACUAUGAGGAGGUGGACAGGUACAACCGCCAGGGCCGAGCGGGCCGGGCCAGCGGGCGUGGAGGCCAGCAGAGUCGCCGAGGCAGCUGGAGGUACAAGAGGGAGGAAGAGGACCGAGAAGUGGCAGCUGCCAUCCGGGCCUCAGUGGCCACACAGCAGCAGGAGGAGACCCGUAGGAGUGAGGACCAGGAGGACGGCAGUAGGCCCAAGAAGGAGGAGGCAGCGGCACCGGGGCCCAUGGAGCCCCAGGGUCCCCGUCGCCUGCCACGGCCUCAGGGUGAAGGCCCGGGCCCCAAAGAAGACUCCACAAAUGGUCCUGUAAGCCAAGAGAUCUCAGCACCAGGCCCAGUCCCCGGGGCCACCCCUUCGAGCACCCUCCCGCAGCCCAGCCCAAAGCUCAAGGAGGAAGACUUCCCCUGCCUCUCUGCGUCUGCUUCUUCUUCCUGCUCCACAGCAGCAGCAGCAGGCCCUGUGGGGUUGGCGCUGGCCUACCCCGUUCCUGCCAGGGGCAGGAACACCUUCCAGGAGGAGGAUUUCCCUGCCCUGGUGUCUUCAGCGUCCAAGCCCAGCACUGCCCCCACCAGCCUCAUCUCAGCCUGGCACAGCAGCUGCAGCAAAAAACUGACCCAGCCCACCCCAGAGGCCCAGGCUACUGGCAGGGGCUGCCAGCCCUCCAGGAAGGCUGGGAAGGGGAGCAGGGGCAGCAGGAAGGGUGGCUCAACCCCUGCUGAGGAGGAGCCACGGAGCGUGCCCACCGUGGCUGCCGUCUCCUCCCUGCUGGGGCCGGCCUCCACCCAGACCUCCACCAGAGUUGGCCGGAAGAAGAAGGUGGGCUCCGAGAAGCCCAGUGCUGCCUCGCCCCCGCCACUGCCCCCUGACCACACCCCAAAACGCCCUGGGGCUGAGCUGGCCCCUGAAGCCCCCGCCACCAGGGCUGAAGGGCCAGCCGUUGUCAUCGUCAAUGGACACACAGAGGGGCCAGCCCCAGCACGGAGCACCCCCAAGGAACCCCCUGGACUCCCCAGGCCCCUGGGGCCCCUCCCCUGCCCCACACCCCAGGAAGAUUUCCCAGCUCUCAGCGGCCCCUGCCCGCCCAGGAUGCCCCCUCCCCCAGGCUUCAACACUGUGCUGCUCCUGAAGGGUGCACCACCCCCACCCCCACCAGGUCUGGUGCCCUCCAUCAGCAAGCCACCCCCUGGCUUCUCCGGCCUCCUGCCCAGCCCCCACCCGGCCUGCGUCCCCACCACCACCACCACCACGAAAGCACCCAGGCUGACACCCCCACCCCGGACCUACCUGGUUCCCGAGAACUUCCGGGAGAGGAACCUGUGGCUCAUCCAGUCCAUCAAGGACUUUCUGCAGAGCGACGAAGCCCGUUUCAGCAAGUUCAAGAGCCACUCGGGGAAGUUCAGACAGGGCAUAAUCUCUGCAGCCCAGUAUUACAAGAGUUGCCGGGACCUGCUCGGAGAGAACUUCCAGAAGAUCUUUAAUGAACUGCUGGUGCUUCUGCCCGACACGGCCAAGCAGCAGGAGCUGCUGUCUGCGCAUGUGGACUUCCUCAGCCAUGAGAAGCCCCCCAGCACUAAGUCCAAGAAGAACAAGAAGAGUGCGUGGCAGGCCAGUGCCCAGCAGGCGGGCCUGGACUGCUGCGUGUGCCCCACCUGUCAGCAGGUGCUCACACACAAUGACAUCAGCUGCCACCAGGCACUGCACGCUGCCCGGGAUGACGACUUCCCCUCACUGCAGGCAAUUGCCAGGAUCAUCACGUAGCUCCCACCAUGUGGGCAGGAGCUGCACACCCAUGAGCCUCUCCUUCCUCCUCCGGGCUGCCAGGCAGCCCGGGAAGGCCUGGUGAGGCCCCCUGCAGAGGCCUGUUGUCUGGCUGAGCCCCAAGGGAGUCGCCAGAAGGGCCACCCUGCCCCAUAAGCACACUGUCACACAAAGUUCCAUCCCCUGCCUUAGCAGUGGGCUGGACUUGGUUUGUAGUCUUGUGCUUUGGAAGGUGUCAGGGGAGGGAAGGGCUGGGAUGCCAGGACCUGUCCCUGCUGUCAAAGCCAGAGGCCACUGUGGUCUGAUCUGUGCCCUCCUGAGUCUGAGGGUUGCAGCCCCCAGGGUCGAAAGCUGCGGACCCCCUUGUGCUGGAGCCAGGUGUUGAGCGUGUUGUGUAAACAGUUGGUUGUUUCAUGUUCAAGAAUGUUCAGGAUUAAAGGCAGACACGAAGUUGUGCUACUUGAAGUUGAAUCUUUUUACAAGACAAGCUGAAUCUGGGAUCUCAAAUUGCUUCUGACCUUUUAUAAGACAGUUUAUCUUCAAAUAAAUUUAUUUUGCAAUACUGCA